AUGGAGCAUCAUCUUCUUGGCACUUCUUCAUCUCUACUACUAGUAAUGUUCUUAUUGAAUUCUAUUCUCGUCACCAGCCAUUUUCCAUUUGGCUGUAGCAAACAAGCUUAUACUCAUUCAAAUGUCUCCUAUAUUGAGAGUGAACGGCAAGCUCUUUUUCAAUUCAGAGAUGGGUUGAUAGAUGAAUCGAAUCGCUUGUCAUCUUGGAUAGGAGAGGAUUGUUGUUUAUGGGAAGGCAUUGAUUGCCACAAAAUCACUAGUCAUGUCGUUAAACUUGAUCUACAAAAUACGAAGCCGUUAAACUCAAAUAAUGUAUUUACUUAUUGCAAAAAUUGCUUGGGAGGCCAAUUAAGUCCAUUUUUGAUUAAUUUGACCAAUUUGCAAGACCUGGACCUGAGCAAGAAUAAUUUUUCAGGAAUCCAAGUUCCCACAUUCCUUGGAUUGUUGAAAAACUUGAGAUACUUAAAUCUUGCAAAUGCAGUGUUUGAUGGCAAAAUUCCCCACCAUCUAGGAAAUCUCUCAUGUUUACGGCAUUUAGAACUUGGAGGUGUAACUCCCUCGUUAACGUGGAAUCGAUUGACGAAGAAGGAUCUCAGGUGGAUUGUUGGACUCUCUUUUCUGGGAAGCCUAGUCCUGUUUGGGGUGAAUCCUAGUGCCGUUGAAGAUGGGUUACAGACAAUUAACAUGCUUCCUUCACUAACACGACUGGAAUUAGAUAGUUGUGAACUUUUCAUCAAUCCUCAUCUUUCACAGGUCAAUUUCACAUCUCUUUCUUCCCUUGAGCUCGGUGAAAAUGAUUUCAAUGACCACAUGGUCCCUCCUUGGCUCCAUAAUCUUACUAGUCUCUAUGAUCUUGGUCUUAGCUCUAAUCAUCUUUCUGGUCCAAUUCAUGGCCUAUUUGAACAAAUGACCUCUCUAGUUGAUCUCGAUCUAGGGGAAAACUGCUUUGAUGUAUCAACGUUGAAGUCACUUUGCAAUGUAAGCAGUCUUAAUUAUUUGGAUCUGACAUGCAAGGGCCAAUACCGAGUGAAAUAG